AUGGAAAAAAUCAACAGUCUUUCAACACAAUUAGUUAAGUGCUGCUUGUGUGAUUUCUUGAAGGUGAAGAUGCACACUGUGUCCUACGUCCAUUUCUUCUACCUUGGCCUGUGUUUGCUUACCUUAACCAGUUCUGUUGCUGCUGGCCCAGAAACACUCUGUGGCGCUGAGCUGGUUGAUGCUCUUCAGUUCGUGUGUGGAGACAGAGGCUUUUACUUCAGUAAGCCCACAGGGUAUGGAUCCAGCAGUAGACGCUUACACCACAAGGGAAUAGUGGAUGAAUGCUGCUUCCAGAGCUGUGACCUGAGGAGGCUGGAGAUGUAUUGUGCUCCAAUAAAACCGCCUAAAUCCGCACGGUCUGUACGUGCCCAGCGCCACACCGACAUGCCAAAAGCACAAAAGGUACGCCAGGCUGGGAAAAAUUCACAUCAACCGACAAACAACCAAACCAGACCAACAAAAAAAAAAGAACCAACCAAAAAAAAUCCCUAUGUAUUUUAGAGAAGGAAAAUUCUAUCAAGGCCGGUAACAGAAAACAAUUGACAUGCUCUGCCUAUUAGGUUUAGCAGAACUUUGGAAAAUAGUUGCCAAGGUGGAAAAUAAGUGGGAAGUGGUGUGUUCCACCUCAUCACUUAGAGCACUGAAUAAAACAUGGAAUUGCUGAACUAGUAGUUGUGAGGUCUUAUCCUGCCAUAGGGUAGUAAGUGGCAAGUACCCACAUU